UAAUGCACAUUAAUUUAACUAUGGACAUCACUAAUUGAGACAAGGGCAACACCACCACCUACCGUCGCCACCAACUCCUCCCUCUUCUCCACCACACCACCAACUCUUCAAUAUUGAGCUAGCUUAGCAGUGUUUGAUAAUUCAUCAUUCAGUUGGGUGAUGGCAGCUUAUGGUGCAGCGGUUUCUCUCAAGAAUACCAUUCAGAGUAUUCUACAAUCGUCUCGCUAUUCGUUGGUUCCUCCAUCUCCACAAAUCUUACAACCGGCCUACGAUGCCAUGGCUCGGUUGCAGGAAGUUCUGCUAAAAUUGGAUGAGACGAGCUGCUGCAAGAUCAGGACGAAGGUGAAUGCUUUGGAUGACCGAAUCAAAGAGGUCAUAUGGGAAUUCGAAGAUUUGCUCGAAUCUCGUUUCUAUGAUCAGAUUCUUCCACAACUCGAAAGCGUCAGAGGUCACUUGUCUUUCUCUGUAGAUCUGCAGAGUCUGCGGCAGAGUGUUGACUGCUUCGUAGAGAGGGUGACAGAGAUGGUGGCAGAGUACGUUAUUGAACUGGCGAAUAUGCCUGAAGAAGAUAGUGAACCUACUUAUUUAAGGAUUGGUUUUAGUGGAAUCAAUUCAAAGAUGGUUGGAUUGUCUAAUCAGUUUGAAGAAGCCAAGAAUGGUCUUCUUUUCCCGCAAGCGGAAAGGAAUUGGUUAUUGGUAACUGGGAUGGUUGGGAUUGGAAAGACAACUCUGGCUAAGAAAGUAUUUGAUGAUGCAUCCAUUCAAAGACAUUUCGAACUUCGAGCAUGGGUCAGAGUGGGCAGAAAAUGCGAAUCCUAUGAAACAUUACGAUGCAUUCUAGCUCAGGUGGAUCCCAACAACCACUACCAAAUGCUUGCUGAUCAAGGAGAAGGUGGUGAUGACUACCACCAAUUAGUUGGAUUCCUGAAAAUGAUACUGUGGGGUAAGAAAUGUCUCAUUGUGUUGGAUGAUGUAUGGGAAUGGGACGCGCGACUAAUGGGUGACUUGCCACGAGAGAAUGUUCAAGUCCUCAUGACAAGCAGGCUAACACUUAAAGAGUCUCCACUUUUAACACUAUGCUUGUUAUGAACAAAGUAAGGCAUUACUUGGUGAACAGGUGUUCGGUGAAGACGGUUUUCCUCCUGACCUUGAGGAAUUGGGAGAGGAGAUUGCCAAAAAAUGUGAAGGUCUCCCGCUUAUGAUAGUCACAGUAGCUGAGUUCCUAUCCAAAGAAGACAAGACCACUGAAAACUGGACUGAGAUUGUUAGAAAACAACAUAAUUCCGUCUUUGUGGAUGCAUAUAAUCAAAUCUCCGAGAGAAGUGUAUGAUUCAAUAAAAAGUGAUUGCUCAUCCACUUCCCGUUCUCUCCUCUGUUUUGGUCCCUAUCACCAAUAUCCUGUGCCUAUUCAUGCCAUGGAUUUCAAGUUGCUAAGGUUACUAGAUGCUGUUACAGUCCGAUUUUAUUAUAUCCCACUUGAAAUUAUGAAGAUAGUUAGUCUAAAGUACCUUGCUCUAACUUGCAAUGGAGAACUCCCUACUUCUAUAGCCAACCUUUUUCAGCUUCAAUCAUUGACUAUCGAACAACAUAUGAACGUUAAAAAGCGUGGGGUUCACUCAUAUAUGCCAUUGGAAAUAUGGGAUAUGCAAGAACUGCAACGUAUUGAAAUCUUGGGGAGAGACUUACCAACCCCUAAUUCAGAUGCUACUUUGGACAAACUCAUCAAGCUUUGUGGUGUGAGUGCAAAGAGUUGCACUAGAGAAAUUCUCAAAAGAAUUCCAAAUUUACAUGUUUUAGGUAUUCAACUUGAGGUGAGGCCUUAUGAUGAUGUCGAUGAUGGCAACCCAUUGAGUGGCUUGGAUUAUUUCGCAGAAGAACUUCGGAAUUUGAAGCUUCUUAUAUGUGAAGUACAGAAUCCUGAUCUGAAGUACGAGUAUAUGGUUCCUUUUUCAAUGUUUCCAUCAAGCCUGAUAUCAUUGGAGUUGAGUGGCAUAGGGUGUCCAUGGAAGCUUAUUAGUGACAUUGGUCUGUUUCUACCCAAUCUUAAGCAGCUCAUUCUAGAUCUAUAUGCCUUUCGAGGUCCAGAGUGGGAUAUAGAAUCACAAUGUUUUCCCAAACUUGAGUCACUUAUAAUCAAUGAUACCGAUUUGGUGCGAUGGAGAGGUCAACCUGGAAGCCUCCCAUGGCUUGAGGUCCUGAUCGUACAACAUUGCUACAAAUUACAAGAGCUUGACUGGACGCGUGAUCCAUCAAUGGCCACAACUUCAAUUUUUUUAAUUGACUGCAAUCCCUUAGUUCUCUCUUCUGCCAUGCGAUUACCGAGAUGUCGAGUUUAUACGUACUCUUCGUUAUGAGAUUGGAAUUCGUAUCCGAACUCUCAACUUGGAUAACUGGUUAGCCUUCCCAUUUAUUUAUUUUAAUUUGCACAUACCAUAUAAAUUAAUUUAAACUAAAAUGUUUGUGCUAGUGAUUCAAACCUGACAGUGUUUUUUUGUUAA